CCAUGGUGGCCCGGGAGUGGGUUCGGAGAAGGAAGGGGACAGAGGGAAGGGGAGCUGGGGGCACCAGGGAGGGAAGGGGCGGAGCGGACCACGGCUUUCCCUCGGGCAGGCGGAGGGGGUGGGGAGGGAGUAGGGGCUCUCAGUCCCGACUAGGACCCAUCGCCGUCUCGGAGGAGCGUGGGGCCAGGCGCGCAGAGGCACCCGGGGCGCGGUGGGGCGAGCUCGGGAAACUAGAGGCUGUGUUCACUGCCGCCCGGCCGCGUCAGAGCCGGGAGUGGAUUGGGGGCUGCCGGCGCCGCAGGUCACCACGAGCCUCCGGAGCUCCCUUGGGGGCCUCCACUGCCACUCGCGCUUUAUCCCAGCCUGCCUCCCUGGCAGGCGGUAGAGCUGGCCGCCUUCUUCCAGGGCACUGGAUGGAGAGCGGGUCUCGGCUGGGUCUCGGGGUGUCUGUCCGUCCAGGGCGCGCUGGGCAGGACUCAGCACCAGGCUGGAACUGCCCCCUGGCCGGUGCCGCCGCCGCCGCCGCCGCCGCAGCCUGCUCUCGGGUUCUGCCGGUGAUUGUCAAGUGCUUUGGAAAUCAGCAUCUGGAGAGAGCAAUCUUCUCCUUGGAGAUCUCUAAUCAAAGCGCUUCGUUCCCACUCCACUACAACCCCCUCACGUAUCGCUCCUAUGUCUCUCUUCAGAAAGAAAAAAAAAUGAAUAAGCAGUAAAGUGCUACAAAGACUUGCAACCAGGCCAGUGGGAGAAGUUCAGCCAAGGGCUGAUGGCAGAGAGACUAGACACAUUCUGCCCUACAGAACUUCUCUACAACCUCUCUACGUGGAAAGGAAAUUAAUCGUCACACCUUCCAUCGACUGACAUUAAUAAUACAAACCUUGGAGCAUAAAGCCUUCCAGCUUUUUGAUAACCAGGAAAUACUCUUUCUUUCCUGAUGCAUACAGACCCCUGGCACAGCGCCUGAAACAGCGGACUCAGUCUCAUGGCUGCUAUUCAGGCUGUGAAUUUCACAAGGCUGAAGCGGUGGUCUCUUUUUUAUGUGGUUUCCUGUUUUAAGGGAGCUUGGGGUGGGGCAGCAUUGGGAUAAUCAAGGUCUUUUAGCUCUGCUUUUCCCUUUUCCCUUCCCAAAACGCUGAUUAGUUGUUUACAGAUAGAGGUAAGCGAAAGAAAACGCAAGAGAGCCAUCUGCUGUCUUAAGCUGUGAUAAAAGCGUGUGCAAAACCAGAAUGAAAACCCGUUCAGGGCGGGUGAACACAAACCCACACUUUACUGUAAUUCAGAAAAUAAUUUCUCACUCAUUAGAAGCUCCUCACCGUUGUUCAUUUCACUUUUGACAUUAUAAAAGCAACAUAUGAAGUACUGCUCAGGUACAGUGGCUGCUGACUAAUCUGUUAGGAGUCUGAACACUGAUUUCAGACAGUUUUGGUUCAUGUCUUGAUUGUGCUAUUUCCUGGCUAUCUAAUGACCUGCAGCAAGUUGCUUUAUUCUCUCUCAGCUUCUAUUUCCUCAUCUCUAAAACUGAGAUGAUAACAUAAUCUCCUUUUCAACUCUUGUGAGAUCAAAUUGAGUAAAUGAAUGUAAAGAUCCUAGCACAGUGUCUGACAUAUCUUAAGAGUUCAACAGUGACAGCUAUUAUUUUCAUGGUUUUCCAGAUCACUCAUUUCUAUCUUGCAAAUUCUUUUCCAACUUUCAUAUUUUUUUCAAUAUCAAAAUAUAUGUAUUCUCAUGUAUAUUUUCUCACCUCCUAAAUAGAUAUACAUGGCAAGAUUUAAAGCAGUCAGAAAUACAAAAAUUACUUUCAG